AUGAUGCUCUCCCCCCUUGUGCUGCUGCUUUGGUCCAGCCUCGCAGCCGGCCAGCUGAUCGGCCCCGUCGGCCCAACCACUCCACUCGCUCAGAAGACGGUCGAAUGUAGCGUGCUGGACUAUGGCGCCGUGGCCGACAACAGUACGGAUCUCGCCCCGGCCCUCGAGUCGGCCUUCUCGGCCUGCGUGCUGCCCAACCCGGGCAGUCGUCUCGUCGUCCCCGCCGGUGACUACCUGAUCCACCGGGGUGUCGUGCUCAGCAAUGCCACCAACUGGGCCUUUCAGCUGGACGGGCUCAUCACGGCCGCGUACGGAGGGAACUGGACCAUCGAUCGUGCGUUGAUCCUCCAGGGGUUCGCCGGUGUGGACCUCUUGAAUGCCACCAUUAACGGCGAAGGUGACCAUAAAUUCCUCCUAGAUGUCCUGGUCAUUGUCAACGCGGUCGACUUCGAGUUCUACUCCUCCAACGGCCUGGGUGCCUUCCAGGGCCAGGGCUACCUGUACCGAACCCUUGACAAUACCGACCGACCGCGACUCGUCCGACUGAUUUCCCCAACCAAUGCGUCCGUCCACGACCUGAUCCUCGUCGACAGCCCCAAGUUCCACCUCGUGUUGGACUUUGCCGUCAACGUCGAGGUCUACCACAUCACCGUCCGCGGGGCCAAUCUGGGCAGCUAUGAUGGCAUCGACGCCAUUGGCACCAAUUACUACAUCCACGACAAUGAAGUGACCAACCGGGACGAGUGCGUCUCCGUCAAAAGUCCAUCUCACCAUGCCUUGAUCGAGAACCUGGUGUGCAACCAGGCCGGGUCGGGCAUCUCCAUCGGCAGUCUGAAUGUUUCGGCGGAGAUCUCUGAUAUUGUGGCCCAAAACAUCAGCAUCAUUCAGGGAAACAACAUCGCCUUCAUCAAGACGUACCCGGGCGGAUCCGGCUACGUGCGCAACGUCCAGUUCCUGAAUUUCCGAUCCAAGGCGAGCCUCUACGGUCUCGACAUCGACCAGUACUGGCAGAACACUUUUGAACCCGACACCGGAGCGGUGGCCCUCAGCAAUCUGACCUUCCGGAACUUCUCCGGAUCGGUCGCGGACGGGGCCCGUCGGCCCCCGUUAUACCUCAUCGCCAACGACCUCACCUACGCCACGGACGUCACGAUCGAGGACUUCACAGUGUGGACCGAAUCCGGCAACGACGUGGUCAACAAGAUCAACAACAUCUUCGGCACCGGCGAUGACUCCUAUGGCACCAACGACGGCAUUGCCUCGCUGGCGCCCGGGGCCACCCCCACCACGUACACCAGCACGUACACCAUCACGGCGUCGCCGACGGGAUGGGUCGCCCCGACCUAUCCAGCAUGGGCAGCGCCCAGUACGGGAUACGGCACUGCGUCGCCCAUCCCGGUAUACACGCCUGCAGCGCUGUGGCGACCCGGCGGAGUCGACUAUGACCUGCAUUACUGGGGGAGUUUUUAG